CCCAGUGAGCGGACAGGGAGGCGGAGCGAACUCGAGCAUAGAGGAAAGAAGAGGGGGAUGCUUUCAAAACAGCAGAGUUGAGGAAAAAACAGUGAAAACAACUCUGUAGUAGACAAAAUCCACAAUCUUGAUUAUAACCCACAAAGGAGCUCCGAUUUAGCCUGCUAUGAAUGGUGACUCAGGCGCGGGGGUGGUCACCUCCCCACCCCCAACCACGGCUCCCCACAAAGAGCGCUACUUCGACCGUGUGGACGAGAGCAGCGCUGAGUACCAGCGCGAGAGGAACAUGGCACCUGACCUGCGGCAAGACUUUAACAUGAUGGAACAGCGGAAGAGGGUCUCCAUGAUACUCCAGAGUCCCGCAUUUUGCGAGGAGCUGGAGACGAUGAUCCAGGACCAGCUUAAGAAAGGAAAAAACCCCACCAGCCUGCUGGCACUGCAGCAGAUUGCUGAUUUCAUGACAACAAACAUGCCGAGCAUGUAUCCGGCUGCACCACAGGGUGGGAUGGCUGCUCUCAAUAUGAGUCUUGGAAUGGUGACCCCAGUGAAUGACCUUCGUGGGUCAGACUCCAUUGCCUACGAGAAGGGAGAGAAGCUACUUCGCUGUAAACUGGCAGCGUUCUACAGGUUGACAGACCUAUUCAGCUGGUCCCAGCUGAUCUACAACCACUUGACAGUCAGACUGAACUUGGAGCAAGAACGUUUCCUUAUUGUGCCAUUUGGACUUCUUUACAGUGAGGUUACAGCUUCCAGCCUGGUUAAAAUUAACCUGCAAGGAGAAAUCGUUGACCGUGGCUGCACUAAUCUGGGAGUGAAUCAAGCUGGCUUUAUGUUGCACUCUGCUAUCUAUGCAGCCCGGCCUGAUGUCAAGUGUAUUGUACACAUUCACACACCUGCAGGAGCAGCAGUUUCAGCGAUGAAGAGUGGCCUGUUACCAAUCUCUCCUGAAGCUCUCUCCCUUGGAGAGGUAGCUUACCAUGACUACCAUGGCAUUCUGGUGGAUGAGGAGGAGAAAGUGCUGAUCCAGAAAAACCUGGGGCCUAAAAGCAAGGUUCUUAUUCUGAGAAACCAUGGUUUGGUGUCUGUGGGAGAGACAGUUGAAGAAGCUUUCUACUACAUUCACAACCUAGCUACGGCCUGUGAGAUUCAGGUGCGUACCCUGGCUAGCGCAGGAGGACCUGAUAACCUGGUCCUGCUGGAUCCUCUGAAGUACAAAGCCAAGUUCCCCACCUCUGAACCUGCAACUGGAGAUGCCAAUGGAUCUCGUCCUAAGUGGCAGAUUGGAGAGCAAGAGUUUGAGGCACUUAUGAGAAUGCUGGAUAAUUUGGGUUACAGAACUGGUUAUCCUUACCGGUGCCCAGCGCUACGUGAAAAAACAAAAAAAUACAGUGAUGUUGAGAUUCCUCCCUCUGUCACCGGCUACCCCUAUACAGAGGACAGCAACUCGGGCACUCGCUCCCCUCUCAAACACAGUUUUCAGAAACAGCAGCGAGAGAAGACAAGAUGGCUGAACUCUGGCCGGGGGGAUGACGCCUCUGAAGAGGGGCCUAAUGAUAGCAGCCCCAAGUCGAAGACUAAGGUGUGGACGAACAUUACACACGAUCACGUGAAACCCUUGCUGCAGUCUCUCUCGUCCGGUGUCUGCGUGCCAAGCUGUAUUACCAACUGCUUGUGGACUAAAGAGGAAGGACUCCGACAAGCUGCUGCCACUGCUUCCAAUCAGUUUGUCCCUUUGAACACUAACCCAAAAGAGGUCCAGGCGAUGAGGAACAAGAUACGUGAGCAAAAUUUACAGGAUAUUAAAACUGCUGGCCCUCAGUCUCAAGUGCUUACAGGAUCUGUGAUGGAUCGAAACUUUGUGCAGGAUGCUCCGCUCUCAGACUGUACGGAAACAAUUGAUGGGCUCGAUCUCACAGAGCAGACCUUUAGUCCCGCUAAAACUGUUAGAAAGGGAGAGCUGGUGACUGCAUCCAAAGCGAUAAUUGAAAAGGAGUACCAGCCCCGGGUGAUUGUGAGCACUGCAGGACCAAACCCAUUUAACAAGUUCACUGACCAGGAGCUGGAGGAGUAUCACAAAGAAGUCGAGCGCAAACAGAAGGACUUUGAAGACACGGUGUUCGAGCAGGCAGAAUCUAUUACAUUGCAUCCAGUUCAGGAGGAUACAGAGGUUGGCGUUAUACCCCAGUGUGCUAGCCAACAGAAGCAGCAGCAUCCCUCCAAUUGCCGUAAUGAGCCAGAAAAAUCACUUGAUAAUGGAAAGGAAGCAAGCUUGAACAGCUCCAUUGGGCCCGCGGACUCCCUGCCUUGCCACAGCCCACAACACAGCCCUGGACAAGAAUCGUCAGAGGCUGAGCGCGGGAAUGCAGAGCAGCCUGGUUCAGGGGAAACGGAUACCGUCGAAUCUCCCCACAAGGAAUUUCAUUCAGCAGUGAUCAAAGCUCUGAGCUCGAGCUCUGAUCUUUUUAAUGUGACCUCAGACCCAUCCCAACUGGUGCCAGAAGAAGCUGAAGAAGUGAAGGAGCAGAGCCCUGCAGUCCCCACGCCCACACGCACACCACCAAGCACCCCGACUAAAGCAGAGGAAGAAUCCCAACAGGAGCACACAUACAAGGACGAGAGCGAUGCAGCAACUUUGAGACAGACCCUUCCAGACCUGACCCCUGAUGAGCCCUCAGAAGCCCUCGCAUUCCCUACUUUGGGAAGGGAGGAGAUUGACAGCCAUCUAGAGGAUCUGACCAAAAGCCAGACUGGGCAGCAGCAGUCUCCCCCUGUUGAGGACCACGACUCGCAACCCCCUCCUGUUGAACAAGCAACCACCCAGGCCCCUGAGGACACAGCAGCUGCUGCUGACCCAGGUAGUGACGAAUCCCCCAGCAAGUCCCCAUCCAAGAAGAAGAAGAAGUUCCGCACGCCUUCCUUCCUGAAAAAAAACAAAAAGAAGACAGACUCCUAAAGACCUACACAUGCAGUGCAGUUCUGCUGAUAUGCACAGCUAUCAUUUUAAUGUUUUUGUCUUUUAAAGCAAACAAAAAAAAUCGAAAU